UCGCGUACUGAUGUCGUCAUUAUGAUGUAAUCAUUUGCGCGCUGAGCUGAUGCAAGACUGGAUGGGGCGAGAGCAGUAGUGUUUUAGCUGUGUCUACGAUAUUGAACAGGACGAGAAACAGCGAUAUUUGAGUCAAUCAUCAUGUCAGAAGACGAGAUUUUAUUCGACCCCUCCACAACAAAGAAAAAGAAGAAGAAGAAGAAGCCCUUUAUGCUCGACGAGGAUGGAGAAGGAGAGGAGGCUCAACAGACUGAACAGAAGGAAGCUGAGCCUGAAGCAGCAGAGGAGCGAGAACUGGACCCUGAAGAUGAUGAAGUCAAGAAAAAGGAGCCUUCGGAUGAUUUAGAUGAUCUGAACUUCUUUAACCAGAAAAAGAAGAAAAAGAAACCGAAGAAGGUGUUUGAAAAUGACAUUGAGGAGGGCAUGAAGGAGCUGAAAAUUGAGGGAGAGCAGCAGGAAAUGGAGGAAGAUGACUUGGAUCUGAUGCUUCCAGCUAAAAAAAAGAAACAAAAAAAAGUGGAAUUCGCUGAGGAAAGUGACACUGUGGAAAAGGAUGAUGUUGUCGAGGAUGAUAAAAGCACAGAUGGCAUCACGUUCAGUUCACAGUCGGGCCCAGCAUGGGCCGGUUCAGAGAGAGAUUACACCUACGAUGAGUUGUUGAGCCGGGUGUUUAACAUCAUGAGAGAGAAGAACCCUGAUAUGGUGGCAGGGGAGAAGAGGAAGUUUGUGAUGAAGCCGCCUCAAGUGGUCCGAGUUGGGACAAAGAAAACCUCUUUUGUCAACUUCACUGACAUCUGCAAACUGUUGCAUCGACAGCCCAAACAUCUUUUGGCGUUCCUAUUAGCUGAGUUAGGAACAUGUGGAUCCAUAGAUGGAAAUAACCAGCUUGUAAUCAAGGGACGCUUUCAACAGAAACAAAUAGAGAACGUCUUGAGAAGAUAUAUAAAGGAAUAUGUGACUUGUCACACCUGCCGCUCACCGGAUACAAUUCUGCAGAAGGACACACGGCUCUACUUCCUGCAGUGUGAAACCUGUCACUCACGCUGCUCUGUAGCCAGCAUCAAGACCGGCUUCCAGGCCGUCACCGGCAAAAGAGCCCAGCUUCGAGCCAAAGCCAACUAAUACAAGCUCCCUGUUCUGGCCUCCCAGGCUGAUGCUCUGCUCCUCUGGCUGACGGCGGUCUUCACUGCUCUCCUCUGAAGCCCAGUGACCCAAGGCUUGGAGUGAACUCUGGAGGGUUUUGAGUGUAAUCUCUAUUAAUAAAUCUGACCUUGAAGCUAGAGGGCUUGUGAACAGAAAGCCUCUGAUUUGCUUGUCUUACUUUACCUCCUUCCUCCAGACAUAUUAUAUAUUUUGUGCAUUUAGCAUAUCUGAUAACCAUAGCAUAUUUCUGUCUAUUUGGUGAAUUUUUACUCUGAGCAGUAUUUGUUUUUUUUUUUAGAGAAAAAGGUAAUAUUACUGGAUGGAAACCAGAAAUAGACAAACAUCUUCCAUGCUUUUUGAAAAUGAACCACAGCUUUUUAUAUCAGACUUUGAUUUGUCAAAGUAAAACAGAAUCUCCAGAUCUCAAAAUAUGUUUUUAUGGGACAGUCGUUUCAUAAUGUUCAGAUUGGAUCCAAGCGAGUGUUUGGUGAUCCAGAGGUCCAGUAGAAGUGACUUUAAAUCUCUCCUGAACACUAGAAUACAAGAUCACUGAUCUUAUGUAACUCCUCAGACAAAUUCAGAUUGCGUUGUUUUCUUCAGUAGAGCAUUGAACAGCCGAGGUUAGGGCAUGUUUGCAGUGCUUUGAUUGAAAUAUUUGUUGGCAUAUUUGAAUUAGAAUUUUUUUUUUUAAUAAAAAAUUUUUGUGCA